AUGGCACCGACCGUCCUCCACCUGCGCUCUGAAGACAAGCCGCUCGAGCACCGCAGCGCGCUGACACCCACGACGGCCAAGGCGCUCAUUGACGCCGGUUACACAGUCAAUGUCGAGAAAAGUCCCGUCCGCAUCUUCAACGAUGCCGAGUUCGAGAAAAUUGGCGCCACCUUGGUUCCCACGGGCAGCUGGCGCGAGGCAGACAAGAGCCAUAUCAUUGUUGGACUGAAGGAGCUUCCCGAGGAGACCUUUCCCCUUAAGCACGUCCACGUCCAGUUCAGUCACUGCUACAAGGGUCAGGCGGGCUGGGAGACGGUCCUCGCCCGCUUUCCCCGCGGCGGUGGUACGCUCCUCGAUCUCGAGUUUCUGCAAGAUCCGUCGUCAGGUCGCCGCGUAGCCGCCUUCGGAUACAGCGCUGGCUUCAGCGGCAGUGCUCUGGCGCUCAAGAACUGGGCCUGGCAAUUGACGAACCCAGGCAAGCCCCUGCCUGGCGUCGAGAGCUACCCCAACGAAGACGAGCUCAUCGCCGACAUCAAGAAGGACCUUGCCGCAGGCCAGGCCAAAGUGGGCCGGUUACCGAGAAUCAUCGUGAUUGGAGCUCUGGGACGAUGUGGACGAGGCGCCGUCGACAUGGCACUCAAGGCGGGUGUGCCUGAGGACCACAUCCUCAAGUGGGACAUGGCCGAAACGGCCAAGGGUGGGCCAUUUAAGGAGAUUACCGAGAGCGAUAUCUUUGUCAACUGCAUAUAUUUGAGCUCCAAGAUCCCUCACUUUGUCGACCUCGAAAGCUUGAACACGCCUGGCAGAAAACUGAGCGUUGUUUGCGAUGUCUCGGCUGACACUACUAACCCGAACAAUCCGAUCCCCAUCUACACCAUAGCCACCACUUUCAAAGAGCCCACAGUCCCCGUCGAGGGUUUGUCAGACCCCCCUGUGAGUGUCAUCAGCAUCGACCACCUGCCGAGUCUCCUGCCCAGAGAGUCGUCAGAAGCCUUUAGUGGCGAUCUGCUGCCGUACCUGCUCAAGCUGAACGACUGGCAAAACGACCCAGUCUGGGCUGGUGCCGAGAAGCUGUUCAAGGAGAAGGUGGCAACCCUCCCCAAGGAGGCGUUGGAAGCAUGA